UCCCAAGCCACCACAUACCAUAUAAUUAAGGAUAAUUAAAAUUCAACCUCUAAUUUAAUACCACAUUUGGAAAACCCUCUUAAAUGCUUUUCUUCUCCCCUUCUCUUCUCUUAGCCUUAAAAUACAAUAGUACCAAACAUCAUCAAACAGAACAAGAACAAGAAACAACUCAAUUUAAUGAAUCCAACUACAUCAAUACUUUCCUUACCAGAAGAUUGUGUUUCUACAAUCUUGUCACAUACAUCACCACAAGAUGUAUGUAGAUUUUCAUUGGUUUCAACCACUUUUGUCACAGUUUCAAACUCUAAUUUAGUUUGGAAGACAUUUUUGCCCUCUGAUUAUGAAGACAUUGUCUCAAGAGCUGUGAAUCAAUUCUCUCUCAAAUUCAUUACUUCAUACAAACAACUCUAUCGUUUACUUUGUCGGUCACUUCUCAUUGACGGUGGUAAUAAGAGUUUCAUGUUGGAAAAGUAUUCGGGGAAGAAAUCAUAUAUGUUAUCAGCAAGAGAGUUGUCAAUAGCGUGGAGUAUUGAUCCAAUGUUCUGGAGUUGGAAAUCAGCACCUGAAUCUGAAUCAAGAUUUUCAGAAGUGAUUGAGAUGAGGACAGUGAACUGGUUAGAAAUAGAAGGCAAAAUUACAACACAAAUUCUAACACCAAACACAACAUAUGCAGCUUAUCUCGUAAUGAAAAUCUCUCAUCGAGCUUAUGGACUUGACAAUGCUCCUUCAGAAGUUUCAAUUGUGAUAGGAAACAAAGUAAAGAGAAGAAAAGCAUAUUUAUGCUAUAAAGAUGAGAAAAAACGUAAUAUGGAGACUCUGUUUUAUGGGAACAGAAGAAACAGAGUGGUUCAAGAGCAAGAAGAUGGAGAGAAUAUUCAAGUACCGUGUAAGAGAGAAGAUGGGUGGAUGGAGAUUGAGAUUGGUGAGUUUUUCAGUGGUGAAGGUGAUGAGGAGAUUGAAAUGAGUGUCAUGGAAGUUGGUCAUCAGUUGAAAGGAGGACUUGUUCUUGAAGGCAUUGAAGUAAGACCCAAAAAUACUUAAUGUCGAGGGAGUAGGAUUUACUGCAGUCAAGAAAUGACACGAUAAGAUGCAGUGUAUAUAGUUUAGAGGAGAAGAACAAGGAUAUCUUUUUCGACGUGGUCAAUAUAAAUUUGAUUGUUCUCUUGGGUGCCUCUAAAUCACAAUGGUUGAUUUAUGGGCUAUUCUUAAUGGUUUUAAGUUGGUAUGUAAUCGGAGUUUUUGUGAAAUUGGUAUUGUGUCUAAUUUAAACGGCCGCUAAUAGCUAGUUGAUGAGGUAAUAGCUUAUCAAGGCGAUGAUCGGUAGCUGAUCCGAGAGGAUGAUCAGCCACACUGAGACUGAGACAAGACCCAGGCUCCUACGGAAGAUGACACGUGACUUAUUUUUUGUGGCUACCAUACUAAACUUCUUUGUCUCUUUUUUAUUUUAUUUUUUUUACAAAAAAAAUAUCCUUGAAUACAAGUAUUCCAUUGUACCAAAUAAAAUCUCAUGCGAAAUUUAUUCCACAACACAUUUUAUUUUUGUUAAUCUAUCGUAAUUAAAAUCUUUUAACCGCAAUAGAGAUUCAAAUGUGUAUUUGUACUGCUUA